CGCGCGGACCCUCGACGGCGCCCGAUGUGUUAAGGAGACGUACGCGGGCGGAGGUAUGCGCGGCGCGGCGACGGUACCGGUACCGACACCGGCGCCGACGCCGGCAUCCCAGUGCGUGACACCGCAGACGGGCUAUAACUACAUCCUGCACGGCAAUGGCAUCCAGGGUGGCAACGACGGCACCGGUGUCAUCGGCACCGCGAUGGCCGUACACCGCGGCGACGGCAAUCCCGACGGCAGUUUGUCGGUGACGCGUUACGAUCGGUUCACGCCGCCCACGUCUCAUCACUCGCAUCUAAUGGACCUGAGCAGUCCGCCGGAUCAUCACCAACAUCAGCAACAGCAGUCGCAGCAUCAUAAUCUACAGUCCGGUUAUCAUCAUCUGCAUAACCAGGUUGUACAUUACAACGAGUUGGGUCACAUGAUGUUCAAGAAUCCGGAGGAGACGCGGUAUCAUCCUCAUCCCCCUCAUCCUCAGGAUCAUCAACCGGAUUCAAAGAUCAUGCGGGACUUUCAACUAGAGUACGACCGGUCGCUCCACUCGACGGACAACUCGCCCGAGUUCCUGUCGGAUUACAGUAGGGACCACGAGCAGCAGAGCCUGUGCCUGACGCCGUCCUCGCAGAGCGUGUACUCUCCCAGUGGCGUCGACGAGAUGGGUGCCCCCAACUCCGUCCAGUCGGUCCAGGGCCAGACGGGGGCCUAUCAUCAUGUCGACGUGGCAGAAUACAAACCGGACGUGAUCGAGGACGGGCUGGUCGAUCACGUCGCGAGAUACGGCUGUGAACAGGCCGCCGAGCUCGGCCACGUGACCGAGCCGUCGUCGUCGACGACGGCGAAGGGCUACGGGAACAAGGAGGGCGGCAUCAGGACGGGCAGAAGGAAGAGGCGGCACAGCGGCAACAACAACAGCACCAGCAGCGGCAGCAACGGCUGCUGCAACAGCACCGAGUCCGACGGCGAGAGCACGACGGCGGCCUCGACGACGAGGACAAAGGUGCGCCGCAAGAACGACCUGGAGCUUCAGAAUCAGAGAGCGAUGGCAAACGUUCGCGAACGCCAGCGGACGCAGAGCUUGAACGACGCGUUUGCCGCGCUCAGGAAGAUCAUACCGACCUUGCCGAGCGACAAGCUCAGCAAGAUCCAGACGCUCAAGCUCGCCGCCAGAUACAUCGACUUCCUGUACCACGUACUCAGGACCGAAAACAAGUGCGACACAGUGCGUAGAUAUCUCGCAUUCAAGUCGUCAUCUAACACCGAAGGGAUGCUGCAAGCUUGCGCUACACGAGCGCACGUUGCUUGGAGAGAGAAAGAGACGCUCGAGGAUUAUCUCCGUCGGCACUUUCUCCGUGGGGUGGUAGAAAAGUCCGCCCACAAUGCGGUUGCGGCUGCGAGGGAGUUUGCGGCGUCGCCGAGUAACUACUUAGCGAAAGAGAAAAUAUCGUACGCGUUUAGCGUCUGGAGAAUGGAAGGCGAUUGGAACACAACUUCGUAGGAUAUAAGGCUAGAAUAAAAUUACAGGAUAUAUAAAACUUAGAGAAUGGAGCUUCACAGUACGAAGCGCAGUAGAUGCGAGACACACUGCGCGUGAUUCCUGCGAAUUGAAAGUGACCAUAUGAACAAAAAAAAAAGAGAUAACGCUCGCUCGUGCUGUUAGCAUCCGUCAUUCUGCCGCUUGGUUCGCAGCCUGAUUUUUGGAAGGAAAUAUCGAUUCGCGCCCAGGAUGCGACUCACACGGAUAUCAGGAGUGCCAGCUCGCGCCGUGGCUCUCGACGGGCCGGACGAUCCCGCGCGCGGCGGGACCUAACCGUUGUCCCGCGUACUCGGUAUCGCGACUCCGCGGGCGCGAGGUAUAAUAACACGCGCGACGCGUCUCUCUCUCCGGCGCGGCCUUUGAAACCCAAUUCAACGACAGUUAAUUCUGUCCCGGACGAUUCCCGGCGACGCGGCAUCGCUAGCUCGCUCGCUCGCUCGCUCGCUCACUCGCGACAUAACGCAGGCUAAUAAUUCACGUCUUCUCGUCGGACUAUUAACGGCGCGACAACUCGGCCGCCGAUACGCGGCCGCAAAAGCGCGCGCUUAUUAGUCCGUCUCGUGCGUUACGCACCUGCAUCAAUCAACCAAAUUACGUCUCGUAAUCUUUUCCUUUCCAUCUCAAUCCUCCUCGGUUCGAAUAGAUCGACAAUCGAUCGGUUAGUCGUUUCCGGCAACAAGCCACUCGAAUCGAAGAAGCUUCUUUCCCCGAAUUCCCGGAGCCGCCGACUUUACCUCUCGGAGCAAUUUCGUUCCGCGAACGGGAGACGACGGACCGCGGUCGAUCAUCGUCGCGGGGAUUCCCCCGCGUCCAUUUUCCGUUUUGACUACCUCUCGGGAGCGCGUUGCAGCCCGUUAACGGCGGAUUUACGAGCGUUUACCCGGUCUGUCCAAACAAUCUCGGCCCGGCGAUUUAUCGAGUCUCAUAAGCUCGCUCUCUCACGAGCGCGUUUUCCCGCCGCGAAUUUUCGCCGAUAAACCGCCGCGCGUAAACUCCGGCCACUGAACGCGGCGAGUAUCUCUCGUUUUUAUUCGCGAACGUAAAACAUUCGUCCACAUUCUAAGUGUUAUUCCAAUAAUUCGGGUGAUCCGGGAAGAAAUGCAUAUAUCUUCAAUACGCGCCAAUAUCGUACGAGAAACAAGCUUCCGAAAAUCUUCAGGCUUUAUCGACGUCUUCUAUCCUACGAUGGAAAUAUUCCAAACGAUUUUUAACGCAUAUCUUCCUAAGUAAAUUUUCAUCGAAAAGAACAUACCUGUCAACGAAUAAUUUGUCACGUUGAUUCUCGUCUACGAAGAGAUCGCGAUCGCGUAUCCGCAUUUUAAUAAUCCGCCGCUCCUUAAGGAAAUGUGAAAGAGUUAACGAGCAUUUCGGCGCCCAUCGGUCGGGCACAAUAUUAUUUUUUUCUCCCUAGAUGACAGUCGCUCCCCCUCCCCUCUCGUCCGGGACUCCCCUUGUCGCGUAACGCACAUAAAACAGCCGCGCGCCGCGCGCGGCUCCGGUGCUCGCGCGACCGCACCGUGAAUAUUCCGAAUGGCGUUAGUUAUUUUAAACCGGUCAAAGCAAACUUUCGGCCGCGUUUUAAACCGCUUAACGAAGACGCGCCGCGUUGAGAAGCCGUCCUCCCUCUCUUUCCCCCGCGCACCAUCGAGCUUUAUCGCGAAUCUUGGCGAAAAAAAAUCUCGUGACCGAGAGGGAAAGAGAGAGAGAGAGAGAGAGUGAGAGGCGCGCGAUUCGGUCCAGCGGAUCUCGCAUAAACGAGACGUUUGCGUCACGUUAAAAAAAAA